AGUAGAGAAUUUUAUGGAUAAGUGGGGAAUGGAACCUCACUUCCUUGAGUACCAUCAUGUCUUCCUUGAAUUCUAUUUGGUGGAUAACUUCUCACGGUGGUGUUUACUCUCCUAUAUCUUCUUAUGAAUUGCUUGAAGGUUUUCCUACUGCUUCUGCUAGUCAUUGGAACAAGAUUUGGCGCAGUAAAGUACCGGAGGAAAUCAUAUUCUUCUUGUGGCUUAUAGGGAAAGAGUAUUUGCUAAAGCUUGGAUUUAUGGUUCAUAUUCCUAGAUAGAGAGGAACAAUGCAACAAAUUUCUUAACCCGACAAGCUUCUAGAAACGACUCCUCUCAUCAUGUUUGGAAGUUACUAGUUACUACCCUCUAUUGUUGUUGCAUUUAUGUGUCUCGACGCUGUAGUCUAGUUCUGUCUCUUCUUUAACUUUCCUCUUGUAACCAAGAAAGGGAAAAAAAAAAAAAAAAAAACUUAUUUAAAGCCUAUAAAAAAAUUCCUCUAAAAUAAAAACUUAAAGAAACGCUGUCGUUUUUGCUAUCCCCAAUCCCCAAUUCUCAGCCAGAUCCCUAGCUUUCCUAAAGCAAAAACCUUGGUGUGCUCUGUUUCGUUGGCGAUCUCUGUGUUUCAAAGUUGAAAACACACACAUGGUGUGUCUCUUCUCACCAUCACAACAAUGCUCACAUUGCUUUUCAGGCUGAAACAGAAUCACACUCACAUUCCCCACACGACAACCUCGUACCUAUGGUGUUCCACAUUCAACUUCUGCUCUCAAUCAUGUCUCACACCUGACACAGACACCAUCACCAGAAUCAUCAACGACCACCCUUUCCCUGACCAACCCCUCCACCCCACUCUCCUCCGCCACCUCCCUCCUCCCACCAUCUCCACUUCCUUAGUUGAAAACGUUCUUGGUCGCUUGUUCGCUUCCCAUUCCAAUGGCCUCAAGGCGCUGGAGUUUUUCAACUUCACCCUCCACCAUUCCCAGUCCCCCCCAUCUCAUGUUUCAUUCGAAAUGACCCUCCACAUCCUCACUAGGAUGCGGUAUUUCGAUAAAGCUUGGAUGUUGCUGCAAGAAACCGCCAGGACCCACCCUUCUUUGAUUACCCUUAAGGCAAUGAGCAUCAUGCUUUCAAAAAUUGCAAAAUACCAAUCUUUUGAGGAUACCCUUGAUGGGUUUAGGAGGAUGGAGGAGGAUGUGUUUGUUGGCAGGGAAUUUGGCACUGAUGAGUUCAAUGUGCUUCUCAAAGCUUUUUGCAGUCAGAGGCAGAUGAAGGAGGCUAGGUCCGUGUUCGGGAAGAUGGUGUCGCGGUUUAGUCCUGACACCAAGAGCAUGAACAUUUUGCUCUUGGGUUUUAAAGAAUCAGGUGAUGUUACUUCUGUUGAGCUCUUCUAUCAUGAAAUGGUUAAGCGUGGUUUUAGUCCUGAUAAUGUGACUUAUAAUAUUAGGAUCGAUACUUACUGUAAGAAAGGUCGAUUCGGUGAUGGUUUGAGGCUUUUGGAGGAGAUGGAACGUAGAAAAUUUGUUCCUACCAUCGAAACGAUAACUACAUUGAUUCACGGAGCAGGGAUUGUUCAAAACGCAGGGAAGGCGCGGCAAUUGUUCAACGAGAUUCCUUCGCGAAACUUGGUUGUUGAUACUGGUGUUUAUAAUGCUUUAAUUACUGCAUUGCUUAGAAGUAAAGAUAUUGAAUCUGCACUUUCCUUGAUGGAUGAGAUGAUUGAGAAACGCGUUGAGCUCGACGGCGUAACUUAUCAUACGAUGUUCUUAGGAUUAAUGAGGUCCACAGGAAUUGAAGGUGUGAGUGAGCUUUACCAGAAGAUGGCUCAGAGGAAUUUUGUUCCGCAAACAAGGACAGUUGUGAUGCUGAUGAAAUAUUUCUGUCAAAAUUUUCGGCUAGAUUUAAGUCUUAGUUUAUGGAAUUACCUGGUGGAGAAAGGGUAUUGUCCUCAUGCUCAUGCUUUAGAUCUUUUGAUCACUGGAUUAUGUUCAAGGGGUCAGGUGCAUGAAGCAUUUGAGUGCUCCAAACAAAUGUUGGAGAGAGGAAGACAUAUGAGUGCUGCAUCAUUUCUAAUGUUGGAGAGGUUUUUACUGCAAUCUGGUGAUAUUGACAAGUUGAAGGAGCUUGACCAGAUGAUUAAAAAUUUGCUAAGUGUAUUACCACCAUCUAAAGGUCAUGCUACUGGUAGUUCUAACUUGAAAGUUAAAGUGUAGCAUCAUUUUAGUUUCAAAUAUAACUGUUGCAACCUGAUUUUGGGGAAACUUUCCUGUGUAUUAUUAACCUGUAUAUUUCUUUAAAUUAAGAUUGAAUGUUUUAGGGUCUGUUAAUUUGGCAUACAUCAAAGAGAAGUCUUUGGAGACAUUAUGUUGAUUAAAAUCAUGUCUUCAUGUUCUUGGAGGUCCUUUAGAAUACCAAUAUUCUCACGCAUGUACCCUUAUCGUGGAUAUUUGAACCUUUACUCCUACAGAUUGCUACUUCAUUAGUUCAAUAUCUCAAGUGACAACAUUUACAUUUGACCAGGCCACCUAAAUAUUUUAAGUUUAUCUGGAGGCAGUCCAGUCUAUUUUGACCAUUGGCAGUUGAAUGCAUGGUUUUUAAUCAACGUCUGUGACAGUGAAUUCAGCUGCAACAUCAAGGUUUGGAAGGUUUCCGAACCCGCAACGCGACUGUGAUUUCGGCCGGGACAGCUCUGCAAUAUGAAGGACUGCAACCAUGAUGUGACCGUUUAUCGCAACCCAAUUUAAAACCUUGGUUAUUAAUGGAUGAAGUUAAAUUCAUCUCCUUCCGUGAUCAGUGAUGUUUUUCUGAGCAAGUGAUUUAGAGUUCAAUCUCAUUGUUGAU